AUGUUGCGUACCAAAAUCCACAUAGCGCUAAGCGCUAUCGGUACGAUAUUAGGUUUGUCAGCAUUUAUAUGUUUUUGCAUUGUUUAUGCAAACAUUGAAGCUGGGAUGUGGGCGUUAUUGUCUGGCAUACAUGCUGCAUUAGCCCUAAUGCUGCACUGCCACUUCUUGAAGGAAUCACUACAUGUGAACUUUUCAAGAAAAGCACUUCAAUAUAUUGGAGACUUCGGUAUGGUUGGCUUUGUGUCUGGAACAGCUUUAACACUAUUUUACAUAUUUUUAGAAAUCUACUACAAGGCUGAUGUAAUACCAAUACGAACAAGCAUUAUCAUCCGCAUGGUAUGGUCCUUCAUGAUGCUAAAGUGGGGUCUUAUUUUGUACAUUUUUACAAAGAAAUACCUUCGCACCUAUAAUGAUCACCAGCUGUUUUCAGAAAACCCAAAUAUUGAAGAAACA